GAAGGUAAUAAUAUCGUAUUUGUUUCAGCUGGAUGGAAACCUUCAAGUUUAAUCGAUACUAGCUUUCGUACUCUAUCCUACUCGAGUAUUUACCGAUGAAAUGUUCGACACCUUGGAUUUGAGGCAGAAACUGUGCGUCAAAGGAUGAGAACCCUCGCCGUCCUCUUUUCCUCUUUGGGAUCUCAAUACAUUGCUCACCUCAUCCAGUCUCCUUAUCUUUCAUACUGGUCACUCGAACAUCAUCAUGGUCGCAGACAAUUUACCUUCCUCUGUUCCUCCGUACAGCUCUGCAGCAGCAUGGGCAAUCCAAUCAUGGGAAUAUACCAUCACAAACUUUCGCAUGUGAAUACGGAUAUCGCACAAUGACGUCUGGUUCUCCGGAGCUACUGGAGCUACUGGAGCUGAGCUACGACUAGAGCUGCGCAAAGGAACACAAGUCUCGCUCACAGGAGCAUUCGAUGUUAUGGAAUGGCUCCCUUGCCUCGAAACAAUUACCGAAGAUCCGAAGGACGCCGCCUCUGACUUGCAUACUUUCAUACUUUCUUCUCCGGAGAAAGCAAAUAGGAAGUGUUGAUGUUGAGAAAGUUUGGUUUGCUGACCUUCAAGCUGUCAUUGCAGCCUCGUCUCCACUUGUGCUUGCGCAGACUCAUGACCCCGCGUUGUCCCACCAAAGCUACAUACAAGCUACAUACAAGUCCUAGUCCCAGUCCCAGUCCCAGUCCCAGCUACACAUUCAAUCGAACCACCAUCAGCAAUAUUUCCACAGCAUACCACAUCUGCAUUUGCCGAGUAGAGAAGCCGCAUAAAUUGGAUCCAUCGUCAUCCUUCCCCGAAUCCAAAAUAUUUACACCCCCGUUGUUUCGGUUCUGUGCGAGUCUUCAUCAUCCCCUUCGGUGCACUCCCUGCUACAAACCAACUCCCCAACAACCCAACAACCCAAUCCCUCCUUCCCUCUUCAGGCACCACCAGCCUCACCUCACCUCCCUCAGCACACAUCUCAUCACAUUAACACUAACCUUGUUGGUACCAGCGGUGGUACUUCGCACACUCCUACCUACCAGGACUACCCUUUCUCAGGCUAGCCCUACAACCCGAGCCCGAAAUCCGGGGUAUCGUACUCUAUAAAGAUGUUCCAAAACAACCUCUCUCGAGGCAACCCCUCCAAAAUCAUGGAUCACUUCCAAGCACCUACUGCCAUCCCACCCCGAACCUCUUCUACCCAUAAUUCCCAUACUCAUAACGGCUUGUCGUCUCCAAAAAGUCCCCUACGGCCGGUGGUGCAAGAGGGUGACUGGAUCAGUCAGCGCAAACAAUCCAACGCCGAUCCCAACGCGGUGAACCCAGCUAUUCAACCAGGAUCCCCGCCGGAUCCGAAUAAAUUCAAUAAAGGGGACAUGGCAUUCUACGGGAAGAGCAGUUGGUCAGAGCCCAAGGAGCAGAUCUUGCUAGGGCCGUAUGAAUACCUGUUCACGCAGCCCGGGAAGGAUAUUAGGGCACAGCUUAUUGCGGCUUUUAAUGAGUAUCUUGAUAUUCCUGCGGAAAGUUUGGAGGUGAUAAAUAAUGUGGUGGGGAUGUUACAUACUGCCUCGUUACUGGUUGACGAUGUGGAGGAUUCGUCGCUGUUACGUCGGGGACUACCGGUUGCCCAUAGUAUUUUUGGGACGGCGCAGACGAUUAAUUCAGCGAAUUAUGUGUAUUUCCUUGCGCUUGGAGAAUUGGGAAAACUAAAGAAUUCCGAGGCAGUGCAGAUUUAUACAGAGGAGCUUUUAAAUCUGCAUCGGGGACAGGGAAUGGAUUUGUUUUGGAGAGAUACUUUGACAUGUCCCACGGAAGAUGAUUACCUUGAGAUGGUAGGCAAUAAAACGGGCGGUUUGUUCAGAUUGGCAGUCAAACUCAUGCAAGCGGAAUCCAAAACCAACAAGUACACCUCCCCUCCCUCACCCUAUACAAUUCUCACUAACACACCAUCUCAGAGACUGCGUGCCCCUAGUCAACCUCAUGGGAAUAAUCUUCCAAAUCCGCGACGACUACCAAAACAUCCAAUCGCCUGAAUACACGGGCAACAAAGGGAUGUGCGAGGACCUCACCGAGGGAAAGUUCUCCUUCCCGAUUAUCCAUAGUAUCCGGGCCAGACCGGGGAACAUGCAACUCCUCAAUAUACUGAAGCAGAAAACCGAGGAUGAGAGAGUGAAGAGGUAUGCGGUUGCGUAUAUGGAGAGUACGGGUAGUUUGGAGUAUUGUCGGAAGGUGCUUGCUACGCUGAUGGGGAGGGCGAGGGCACUGGUGCAGGGGCUUGAUGAGCAGGGUGGGAAAGGAGGGGGGAGUGGGAAGGGGGUUCUGAGGAUCUUGGAGAAGUUGAGUAUUUAG